AUGGCGUCAUCUCUGAACAUUGUGAAAGCCGACUCUGUUUUGCGGCUCAGCACUAUUCUGAGACGUUGGAAACCUGCUUGGCUAGUUCUGUAUGCAAAUGGUGAGCUCCGAUAUUACGAAAGUAAGGAUGAUUAUAUACCCAAAGCAACCAUCAACGUUCCACGAGUGUGUCGAGAAGUUAUUUCUAGUCAUAGAAAUAUUGAACCACCUAAGGAUCGUUCAAAUGAUUGUAUUUUUGGUCUUAAAACAAAUGAAUCUGAUUGGUAUUUUUGUGCUGAGUCACCUGAUGAUGCAGCAGUAUGGCGAAUCGCUUUGUCUGAAGUGAAAGGAUUAACUUUACCUCGUUACCGUGUUCGUAUGCCACCUCCAGAUGCUCCACCACCAGGAUAUACAGAUGGUGAGAAUUACUAUCAAUAUGGUUGCCCUGCCGAAACGACAGUUCCUCUUUAUCAAGCUUCUGGAAGAAGGCAGAAUGUGCCAAUUGUGUAUCGUGGUACCGAUGGAGAAUAUAUAAUGCCUCGACAAAUUAUUGAACAUCCUGAUGGAUCACGUACACUUAUCCUUGGUGAUGGAAAUGAAAUCCCGUGUCACUGUCGACAUGGUUAUUAUUGUGGAUGUGGUUAUGGUGUUGGAGAUGCUGCCCUGUUGGGAUUAGCCGCUGGGACACUUAUGUGGUCACCCUUCUUAUGGGCUCCGUUUUUCUGGUGUUAAUUUCCAAUAGUUUGCCAUUUUUCUGCUUUUGUUUUUUGUAUUCAGCUCUGUCUUUCCUCUAAACAAAGGAGAUGGAUAGUCAAGUGUAAACAUUUUUGAGUUUUUCUUUUUCAAAACUUAAUAUCGUUAUUUAUUAGUAUUAAUUGCUCCAUGCAUGUGAGAAGGAAUGGUUUUUGCCUGCGGGGAAUUUCAUCCGUUGAAUUGUCAUAUUUUUCUUUUCAUUAUUACACAGAUAUUCAGGUGACGUUUCGUCAAAAAGUCAUUAUUUAUUUCCGUUAUUUUUGAUUUGUAUAUUUUUGCUUUGAAUUUAUUUAUUAUCAGAACCAGAAUAUUUUGAGCAUCAUUGUGUUUUCAUUAUUAUUAUUAUAUUAUUACUACUUUUGUUUUACUCCUUUCUUAUUGUGGUGAUGGGUUUUGAUUUAUUCCUUUAAUUAUGAAUAAAAUUUGUCAUCUUUAUUACGUGUUGUCUGACAGGUGGGAUGGUGUAUGUUUAUAUGAUUUGAUUUUUUGAUUUUUGAUUACAGCUUGA